UUAAUUUUUAUUAGACUUAAUAUAUAAAAAGAGGAAUUUAGAUGAAACACCUGACUGAUAAAAUCCCAACGUGAGGAAAUGUCUCGGAUUCUAACGAGGAGGACACGGACUGGGACGAAUGAUUAAUCUGAAGAUAGGACGUCAGAAGUCUGAGGUGUGUGAGCCUGUGAGAAGAUGUCUGGCCUCAUGUUCCUGCAGCAGGAUGUCGAGGAUCAGGUGGAGCUGUGGUGGUUUGGUGAGCCGUGCAUCUCUCUGCUCUGCUACACCUCGUCUGUUGCCCUGGUGCUCGGGCUGGGGACAGGCGGCGUGGUGCUCCUGUCUUCAGCCGGCUCCGCAGAACCUUCCUCGGCUGUAUGGCGCCUCGUUGUUGGCUCCACCCUCUGUAUCCUGGCCCUCGUACUCGUGCUGAAGCAGCUGCUUAGCUCGGCUGUGCAGGACAUGGGCUGCGUGCGCAGUCGGAGGCGCAUUGCUCAGCUGCGCAGCGGUGGAAGUUCGGAUCCCUCUCUGCUGCUAGCUGUCGGCUUGGCGCUGAUGCUCGGUGGUGCCACGGUGCUGCUGUGCUUGGCCUCAUCACACAUGCUGCUCACAGGGACGCUCCUCCUGACUUGUGGUGCCGUUGUGGUGCUGAGUGUGGCGGCGUACGCAAUGAUGAAGUAUGUAUGGGAGCAAAGAGGAAGGAGGAGGAGGAGGAUCCGGAGAAGGGUGAGGGUUUAUACCAUAGGAGGACAGACGAGUCACGUGUGGAGAGACUCUGCGUCCAGUCAAGUUGGUCUGAUAUGAACGGACAUUCACACAGUUUUCAUUUGACACUUUCUUAUCAUGUUGUCUAAAAACCUCCAGGAGUCUCUGAACACACCACAGCAAACACAUGAAGAGACGAGGGACAGGAUUUCACACACACAGCCGAGCGUCCUGUCGGUGUCCUCGUCCUGGCCGGGUUUGUCCACGUCUCA